GAAAAGCUCAACAAAUAGCGGAGGUGAAAGGUUGGGAUUACCACCGGCAAACAGCUACUUGGUUGACGGAGGGCUAUACGUGCCCUUACUGUCGCGCAGCGCCCAUCCAGAGGCCAAGGUCAACUGCCAGCGAAAGGGUCGAGUUGGUGUGACCUGUGGUGGUUAGUGGUUAGCAGUGAAACAACAACAGCAACAACAAAAAAGAGUGAAAAGUGAAGAAAAAAUGAAGUGAAUCGUAUGGCGGCAAGUACGGCGGUUUUGUGUAUUUGCGUGAAUCUGCAUCAGGUCGAGUAGUCGGUACUGUUUGACUCCUGGCCGGAUUUGGUCGUCGUGUGUUCCCCGUUUUCACCGUUGGCUGUGCACCUACAUGGCAGCGGCAGCAACUGGCAACAUGGAUUCGGACGACCUUUCGGAUACGAUGAACGAUUUCCUUCCACUGCUGCCGGAAAACAUCAAACAGGAGCUGUUCGAUGCCACCGAGAAGGGAAAUCUGUGCGACAGUGUGGAAAAUAAGGGAGAUGAAGCAGAAACAGCUAAUGAGCCGCCAGCACCAAAAAAAUGCGUGUGGUGUCAACAGACACUCACGCCCAACGAUCAUCCGAAGCUUCUCGAGUGUCUACACAUCGCCUGCCAUGCAUGUGUUAAGCAGAAGAUCACGGAUCUGUCGCACAACUCUGCACUCGUUUGUCCGGUGUGCAAAAUGGAAAGCCGGCUUGAGUACAUCAUCGACAACGUGUUUCUAAGCGAAACGUCAUCAACCGGCAGCGAGGACAAUCCAGGAAGCGUAGAAUCGACGAAGGACUUGAUCAAGUGCAGCAGCUGCAGUGACGAUGCGAACGCCACAUCCUGGUGUGUUGAAUGUGCUGAAUUCAUCUGCGAUAGCUGUGUGCAGGCGCACCAGCGGCUCAAGAUCACGAAAGAACACACGAUCAAGCCGAAGGAAGCAGCCAGCAGCGAGCAAACCGGAAGCAAUGGGUUGGCUGGAAAGAACAUCAUGUGCCACAUGCAUCCACAGGAAAAAUUGUCUCUCUAUUGUGAAACAUGCGACCGAUUGACGUGUCGCGAUUGUCAGCUCCUGGAUCACCGGGAUCAUAAAUAUAAAUUUGCCAACGAAAUUGCCAGUGAAACACGAAGCAGUCUUAGUGCGCUGUUGAGUGAAAUCAGCUACAAAAAAGUGCUACUAUCGAGCGCCAUGAAGGUUAUAGACGAUCGCCAGGCGCAGAUCACGGAGAAGAAAAAGGAACUGUCGAAGGAAAUUGCCGACCUAGUGGUGAAACUGACGAACGCCGUUAACAUGCGAGGCAAGCAGCUUGUGUAUCGAUUAAAUCAGGUCUGCGACACCAAGCUUCAGGUACUAAACGAGAAAAAGGAAGCCCUCCAGCUUCUCUCCGGUCACACGGACCAUUGCAUCGAAUUUGUGCAGACCGCACUUGACAAGGGUAGCGACAGUGCCGUCCUAUAUAGCAAAAAAACGCUCGCCCGACAUCUACAGAAAGUGAAAAGCCAACGGGCGGAUAUUCCCAACCCGGAAAUACCCGUGAGAGUACAGCUGUACCUAUCCAACGUACCUGAGCUACAGAGCGUGAUCGCACGCAUUGGUACUAUACUAGUCGAUGGAAAGGUCUAUCCACCUCCUCCAGGACCUCAAGGGCCCUCUGGUCCUGGUCCCGUCCCCGGUUCGGCUCCACCAGCGCCGCAAAGUCGCAGCAAACAACCCAGCCCAAAUAUCACUCCUCCGCUGAGGCCUGGCAUGCCUGGUCCCGGUAUGACAACGCUGUCCUCCAAUGGUCCUGGCGGUGGUGGACCCGGUGGAGGCGGCGGUGCUGGCAACUUUUCCCAGGUACCUCCCAUGUACAACGGAAAUGGUGGCGUACCAGUUGGAGCACCGUUCCCACCAAACCAUCCCAUGAGCAGAUCGUUCCCACAAGAGAACGGACCAGGUCCGGGUCCAGGUUUCGGUAGGUUCCCCAUGGGUCCACCGCAUGGCAUGCCACCACAGCAGCACGUCAGCUCGUCGACUCAUCCACAAAACAUGGAUAUUAGUUUGCGUAAUUUAUUGAACCAAAAAUCGAACGGCCCUCCAAUGCCCCCAAGCGGGGCAGCUGGCAUGAACGUUGGAAGCGGGUCCUUGCUUGGUGUUGGCAAUACUGGCAGUGGGUCUGGUGGUGUGGGUGGUGGAGCCGGUGGUGGUGGCGGUGGAAGUGCUGGGGCACAUGCAGGAGGCAAUGUAGGCAAUAACGCUCUGGCUAAUAAUCAAUUUACUGCCACAGCAAACUUCAUGGGGAGCGGCGUCUCACCAGGAGGUUCGGGUGGAGGACCUUCCUCCCACCGGUUGUCUGGGCAGCUGGGCGGGCCGGGAAAUUUUUUGGGCGGCCCGGGCAGCGCGCACCAGAGCUUCAAUCAAGCUUCGCCCGGUGGCCCGCCCAAUAGCGGUGCAAUGGGCAUGGGAGCAGGAGGACCAGUAGCAGCCGUUGCAGCGGCCGCGGCGGCUCGCUUUCAAUCCUUUCCGAGGUUUCCUAUACCUCCCUCGAUGCGGCACAUCAUGGGAAACAACUCUUCCACUCUCCUCACACCAAAGCAGCAAUCCUUGCGCUAUCCGGGCCAGCAAACGCCACCGGGAUAUAAUCCCAACUCGUCGCAACCUCCUCAGCUACCGCCACAGCUCUCCGGUGCGCCCGUACCCGGAUCAGGUGGCAGCGGAUCGGUAAGUGGAAGCAGCGUUGGAAGUGGUGGCGGUGGUAGCAGCGGAGGCGCCAAAUGGCACAUCCCGCAAAACAUGCAAACACAGCAGAACAAUGGUUUUGGAGGACCGUCAGGAUUGCAUUUGUUUGGCAAUGGGCCGAACGAGUCUUUUAAAAUCCCUUUGAAAUCACCGGACACCAUGCGCAACGCAAUGCUUCUGAACGGUGCUGGCUCUUCCAGUGGUUCCCUUAGCUUGGGAGGAGGUGGCCACGGUGGUAGCGGAGGACCUUCAGGAUCAGGCCUCAGCGGUCUCAGCAGUUCGCUGCACCAUCACCAUCACCAUCAUCAUCAUCAGAAUCACAAUCAACAGCAGCAGCAACAGCAGCAACAGCAACAGCAACAGCAACAGCAACAACAACAACAACAUCAGCAAGCCCAGCAACAGCUACAUCAACAGCAGCAGCAACAACAGCAGCAACAACAGCAACAGCAGCUACACAGCCAACAGCAGUUGCAGAAUCAUUUACAGCAGCUGCAAAAUGCUCUACCGAAUGUUUCUUCUACUAAUCCGAAAACGCCAAGCCCAAGCACGAACGAGCCUGGAAAGGAUUUUGCUGAAUCUAUUGAUAAGACUUGUGAGGAUUCAGUGAACGAUCUGAUGGCCACGAUUGCCAAGCUGGAUUCCAACGGAGUGCAGGUGCUGCCGGAAGGCCAUCGAGGCAAGACAACGUCUCCGCAGGUGCACAGUUCGACGGACCUGAACAACAGUGGUGUCAGCGUGAGCACGGCAUCGAGCGCAGGAGCUAGCUCGGGCGGGUCCAGUAGCAGUACAACCAUCGUACUGGAUGACAAAAACCUGGUCAAAGAUCUCGAUCCGAACGAAGACUGGUGUGCAGUUUGCAUGGAUGGUGGUGAGCUGAUGUGCUGUGAUAAGUGCCCGAAAGUCUUCCACCAGACGUGUCACAUACCGGUGAUUGAUUCGCUGCCGGAUGAAAGUGAAACCUGGCAGUGCUUAUUGUGCUAUAACUUUGCUGACCUUCCUCCAGAACCGACAGGAGAAAAGCGAAACAUCGGAAUUACGCCGCUGGAGCUGAAGAUACUGCAACGAAUUGUGUUGGAGCUGUUCUGCCAGUAUGAAACCAGCAUGCCGUUCCGACAGCUCGAACCAGACACAAAUAAAGCGUACUAUGAUAUCGUCAGAAAUCCCGUUUCGUUGACGAUUAUUCGUGAGAAGUUAGAAAUGAGCAAUAAUGACCAUUACACUGAUAUUAUUUCCUUUGUCGCUGAUGUCAAGCGAUUAUUCGACAAUGUCUAUCUCUACUAUCAGGAGGACAGUACAACAUACAAGAAUGCAAGGAAGCUGGAGAAAUUCUUUGAGCAGCAGCUCUCGAAGUGGUUGCCCAAAUACCUCGAGAUUGACUGUUAUGCUGACGAUUUUCUUCCAAGCGUGACCAAACGCUCCAAGAGUCACCAAGAUGACUAA